CAUAAAUUAAUAGACCAUGUUUAGAAUAAAUUAUUCAGUUUUAAUGGAGGGAUGAUUACAAAGUCGAUGAAAAUGUCUCAUUUGGGCGUAGAAAAAUUGUAGAAAAUUAUGAACGAUGCCAAGGAAGCCUCUUCUUCAAUCAGUAAUUUCUCUAAUGAAUUUCAAAGUUCACAACAAAUGGAUUGGCUCAGGGUUCAAGAUUCUCUAAAGGGGAAAUUGAUUACUGAAGAUGACUUCAAAUGGAGAUUGCCCACAAGAGAAAAAGAAGGAAGUUGUGAAAUAUUGAAGUAUGUUGGUGGGGUUGACUUAAGUUUUUCAAAAGAUGAUUCAUCUAUUGCCUGUGGCACUCUUGUUGUGUUGGACUUGACGACUCAGAAAGUUGUUUAUGAAGAUUCGUCUAUUGUUAGGCUUCACAUUCCAUAUCUUCCUGGCUUCCUUGCUUUCAGAGAGGCUCCUGUGCUUCUGGAACUUUUGGAUAAAAUGAAGAACAAUGCUCAUUGUUUCUACCCGCAGUUACACCACGUUGAUGGUCUUACACAAUCUACGGUAAGAGAACUCCUUCAAGCAGCAGACUCUCCCGAACAUAUCUUACCGCUAAUUGGGGACUCUGGAUGUAUCUGGGGAGCGGCAAUGCGAUCAUCUGAGGGCUCUUUGAAGCCCAUAUUUAUUUCAGUUGGUCACCGUAUAUCUCUCGCCAGUGCCAUUGCAAUUGUGAGGAUGACUUGCAAAUUUCGUGUUCCAGAGCCCAUCCGGCAGGCUGAUAUAAGAUCGAGGGAGCGCCUGCGGAACAAUCAAUGAUUAUGUACACAAUCGUUUCUCUGUAUAUUUGCUGAGUUUUGGUGAACUAUGAGUACCAUGGAAAUUUCUGUAAUAUUUCAUAAACUUGACUAUAAGAAUCUGGUAUUGGUAGGUGUAUUUUUUGCUAUGUUUGCUCCUACUCUUUUAAAAUAUCGAUGUUUGCGUGUCGGAUCCUCAGCUCCAAAGGUAAUGCAAUUUUGGAGGAUUCAACAUAAGUACAACAACAUUUUAGAAAAAUCCGAGCAAAAUAGUUGAUAAAUGUUCCAAUAAUAUUUUGAUGAACCUAGCA